GCAGCCAUGGUCAACUCCGCAGUGUUCUUCGACGUCGCGGUCAAUGGGGAGCCCUUGGGCCACGUCUCCUUUGAGCUUUUUGCAGACAGAGUUUCAAAGACAUCAGAAAACUUUCGUGCUCUGAGCACUGGAGAAAAGGGAUUUGGAUAUAAGGGAUCCUGCUUUCACAGAAUUAUUCCAGGAUUCAUGUGCCAGGGUGGUGACUUCACACACUAUCAUGGCACUGGCAGCAGGUGCAUCUAUGGGGAGAAAUUUGAGGAUGAGAACUUCAUCCUGAAGCACACAGGUCCUGGCAUCUUGUCUAUGGCAAAUGCUGGACCAAACACAAACAGUUCCCAGUUUUUUAUCUGCACUGCAAAGACUGAGAGGCUGGAUGUCAAGUGUGUGGUCUCUGGGAAGGUGAAGGAAGCCAUGGAGCGCUUUGGGUCUAGGAAUGGCAAGACCAGCAAAAUGAUCACCAUUUCCGACUGUGGACAAAUCUAA